CUGGAUCGGCUCCGGGCUCCGUGGUCACGCCUAGUCGUCAGAACGCGGAUGUGCGGGCAGCCUAUAUAGAGGAGCCGAACCCGUAGAGUCGGGGCGGAACAAGAACAGCAGCGCAGCAGCUUCAUCACAACCACCGUCUGUCUCCGUUCUUCACCAGGUCCCGGGCACUAUGGCAUACCACAAGGAGUUUGAGACUGCAGGCAAGGUGCCUGGCUUGCAGGUGUGGAGGAUUGAGAAAAUGGAUUUAAAGCCUGUCCCUAAAGAGCUCUACGGAAACUUCUUCAUUGGAGAUGCCUACAUAGUUCUCUACACCACUGCUGCUCCCUCCUACAACGUCCACUCGUGGCUGGGAAAUGAGGCUUCCCAGGACGAGAGUGGGGCUGCUGCCAUCUUCAUGAGCCAGCUGGAUAACUUCAUGGGUGGUGCCCCAAGACAGUUCACAGAGUUUCAAAACCAGGAGUCGGUCACUUUUAUGGGCUACUUCAAGUCUGGCAUCAGAUAUCAGAAAGGUGGAGUGGCCUCAGGCUUCCACCACGUGGUGACCAAUGCUGAAGAUGUCAAGCGUCUGCUGCAUGUUAAAGGUCGCCGUGCGAUUAAAGCCACAGAGGUGGACCUGUCCUGGGCCAGCUUCAACAAAGGAGACUGCUUCAUCAUUGACUUGGGAAAGAACAUCUACCUAUGGUCUGGAAGUGAAAGCAAUCGCUUUGAGCGGCUGAAAUCCAUGGAGCUGGCCAUCGCUAUCCGUGACAAUGAGCGAAAAGGUCGUGCUGAAAUACACAUAAUUGACGAAGGCCGUGAGCCAGAGGAAGUCCUUACAGUGCUUGGACCGAUGCCCGUCCUUAAACCAGGAAGUGACGAUGACGCCGCUGCUGAUAUUAAAAACAAGAGCAAUGCAUCUCUCUAUGUGAUUUCCGAUGCUGCUGGGUCCAUGAAAACCAGUUUGGUGGCAGACAAGCCCCCGUUUAAACAAAACAUGCUCUCAAAGAGUGAUUGCUUCAUUUUGGACAAUGGCGCAGACAGGAAGGUUUUCGUAUGGAAAGGGCCGGAGGCAAAUGAAGCGGAGCGCAAGGCAGCUCUAUCUGCUGCAAACAAGUUCAUCCAGGAGAAGAAUUACCCACAGAACACUCAGAUCCAAACUAUGCCAGCAGGGGGUGAGACCAGCCUGUUCAAGCAAUACUUUUUCAACUGGCUGGACAAGGAUGAGACCACCAAGCUGGGGGUGUCCUGCGUCCCCGGUCGCAUCGCCAAAGUCAAGCAGAUUCCCUUCGAUGCCUCCACACUCCACAGCAACAAGGCCAUGGCUGCCCAGCACGCCAUGGUGGAUGACGGCUCUGGGAAGGUCCAGAUCUGGCGUGUGGAAAAAGGGGACAAAGCACCUGUGGACCCGUCCACCUAUGGCCAGUUCUAUGGUGGUGACUGUUACCUGGUGCUGUACAGCUACAAAGCAGGAGGCAAAGAGAACCAUAUAAUCUACAUCUGGCAGGGGAGGAAAUGCUCUAAGGAUGAGCUGGGUGCUUCAGCCAUUCUUGCUGUCAAGCUGGAUGAUUCCAUGGGUGGAGUAGCUACACAGGUUCGUGUGUCUCAGGGCCAGGAACCCCCUCAUCUUGUGAGCUUGUUUAAGGGCAAGCUUUUAGUGGUCCACAUGGGUGGGACAUCCCGUAGCGGUGGUGACACCAAGCCUGGGAAGACAAGACUCUUCCAUAUCCGCACCAGCUCCACCAAAGACACACGGGCUGUUGAGGUGGAGCCCGUUGCUUCCUCUCUGAACACUAAUGACGUGUUUGUGCUGAAGUCCCCCGAUUCUCUAACCAUAUGGAAGGGAAAGGGGUCAAGUGCUCAGGAAUUAGCUGCAGGAAAGUAUGUAGCUGGUCUGCUGGGGGGAGCUGUUGCUGAGGUGGAGGAGACCAAGGAGCCCGAUUGUUUCUGGAAAGCACUGAGUGGGAAGAAGCAGUACCAGACCUCACCCGCUCUGCAGAAGGUCGUCAAGCCUCCACAACUGUAUGGAUGUUCAAACAAGACUGGCAGGCUAAUAGCAGAACCAGUGCCUGGCGAGUUUACACAAAUGGAUCUGGCAACUGAUGAUGUUAUGAUUCUGGACGCUGGAGAUCAGCUCUAUAUUUGGAUUGGAAAUGAUGCUAAUGACACGGAGAAGACUGGAGCGCCCAAGAUUGCUCAAGACUAUUUGAAUUCAGACCCUUCUGGUCGCCGCGAUACCCCCAUCUACAUCAUCAAACAGGGAGAGGAGCCGGCCUGCUUUGAGGGCUGGUUCCAAGCCUGGGAUCGUACGCUGUGGGAUAAAGAUCCUAUGCAACUCAUCCAGCAGCGCAUCAAGAAGCACUAGUGCUGUAAAACACCACAAAGAGUUUUACAGUUUAUUAUGUACCGCUGGAUGCCAAAGCUUUUUCAUUACACAAUAUAGUACAAACCUGGAACAGUGGGUGCGAGGCUGCAGGAAGGUGUAUUGAUUUAAUAUUUCCAUUUUUUUUAAAUGAUAAACUGAUGUGUUCCUGUGAAACAUCAAGAUGCACUAUCUACCAUGUUCCAUGUGGCGUUUAAGGUUCUAAGGUUUUAUUAGUAACAAAUUGAUUACUGUCUUUGACAAAAAGAACGUGUAGUUUUAUAUCAGUUUUCUCUUUUUAGAUCUUUGCUUGCACAGAUAAAUUUAGAUUAAAUAAAACAUGAUCGUAAAUUAAAAAAAA